CUUCGAGCUGAAAGAGACUCGUUGCGAGCUCAGCGGGCACACACUGCGACUGCAGCUUCUUCAACUCCGACUUUCCUUGCGCUUCUUCCCUUUCAUACCAAGCCUCCUGCCGCUUCUUCCGCAUCGUAUUGACCACCACCUGGUCGCACUCCCGAACACCUCCGCGCAGACGUAUACCUCCAGCGGCCACUUGAACCCCCCCCCCCCCCCUAAAAGCUUUGCGCAAACACGUCUCUCACCGCCAUAAUGGGCUACAUGCACUACUCCAUCGCCUUCUUCGUCCUCGCCGUCGGCACCUCACUCUACCUAACACGCGCGCGCUGGCUCCCCCUCCUCCCACGCCUCGCUCCCGCGCCUCUCUACCAACGCCUUCCCACCUCCUUCCGCGAAGAUAUCGAAGCCGGCUUACACUCCUCGGACUUUGACCUAACGGGCAACGUCGAAGGCGACUCGCGGCAAGGCCUCGAUGAUGCGGGGAAGAAGGAGGUGCUGCGCAUCAUGAAGAGGAAGAACGUGGGCUUUGAUGAGGCGAGGAGGUUGUUGAUGCAGGAGCGGUUCAGCAAGGCGGGGGUAGGGAGUGAUGGCGUGCCGCGGGAUCCUAAAUUUGUUUCGUUCUCGUGAGGAUGGGAAGCGUGUAAGGGGUUGGUAGUAAGGGUUUGGGGUCCGUCUGGUUAGCGUUUUCUUCAGAGUGUUUUGGUUGAUCGCAUCUGGGUUUCCUUUGUCAGUUGGAUCUGGGAGGGAGCUUCGGGACCUGAGGCCAUGGACACUGUCACAUGGCGCCCUAUUUGGCAUCACGGAUGUCGACUGCAGCGAGACGGCUGUUCUGGUAUUCGUUCUUCUCCGUUCAUUGACUCCUUUGUCUUUUGCUAUCCUAUGGACUUGC